GGACUGUAUCGCCAUGGAGGAGCCUGCUGCGCGUUCACAACCGGGGGGAAAUUGUCGAAAGAGCAACCUGGUGAUGAUGCCUUGAAAAAGACUGCAAAUUCUAGUAAGGGGAUUGCACAGUCUGCUACGGACAAAGUACGGAAUGCUGGGGAGAAGGAAAUCACGAACCCUUCAAACCCAGGAAACAAGAAGCCGGGAACUUUGCUCUCGGAGACUACUGUCACCUCCAAAGAACAGAGAAAAGUUGACUGGGCCAUUAUGAAAGAGAUGGCAAAGUAUCUUUGGCCAAAGAUUCUCAAUGUUCAAGUUCCAUUUUACUUCAAAAGCAUAGUCAACUCUAUGAAUAUUGAUUUUGCGGCAAUAGGCGAUACUGCCUGGACAGUUGGAGGAUCCAUGAUAAUAGCAUAUGGCGUCACAAGAAUUGGAGCAACAUUGUUUCAAGAGUUGAGAAACGCUGUAUUUGCCAGCGUUGCUCAAAAAGCAAUCCGAAAGGUUGCUCGCAAUGUCUUUGACCACCUUCUCAGGCUUGACCUGAAUUUUCAUUUAAGUCGCCAAACCGGAGGUCUUACUCGCGCCAUCGACAGGGGAACAAAAGGCAUCAGUUUUUUGCUCACGUCCAUGGUCUUUCAUGUGUUCCCAACCGCGCUGGAAAUCUCAAUGGUUUGCGGAAUCUUGACAUAUCAAUAUGGCGCUAAGUUUGCUGCUAUCACUGCUGCAACAAUGCUAGCCUACACUGCUUUUACCAUCACUACUACAGCCUGGAGAACAAAAUUUCGAAAGCAAGCAAAUGCAGCCGAUAAUCAGGGGGCAACAGUAGCAGUUGAUUCCCUGAUUAAUUAUGAGGCUGUGAAAUACUUUAAUAACGAACAGUUUGAAGUUUCGCGGUAUGACCAGGCAUUGAAGAAGUAUGAAGCCGCCUCAAUUAAGGUCACAACUUCACUGGCAUUGUUAAACUCAGGCCAAAAUAUGAUCUUCUCGAGUGCGCUGGCUGCCAUGAUGUACCUGGCAUCUGAUGGCGUGGCUACGGGACAAUUAACAGUUGGCGACCUUGUAAUGGUUAAUCAAUUGGUAUUCCAGCUCUCGAUGCCCCUCAACUUCCUGGGAUCUGUGUACAGAGAGCUCAGGCAAUCGUUGAUGGACAUGGAGACUCUUUUUAACUUACAAAAGGUCAAUAUUAACGUUAAGGAAGCACCCGAUGCGAAACCUUUACAGCUUCGUCAAGGCGGAGAAAUUCGAUUCGAAAAUGUCACCUUUGGGUAUUUGCCAGACAGACCAAUCUUGAAAAACGUGUCCUUCACCAUUCCAGCUGGCAAGAAAAUCGCCAUUGUCGGGCCAAGUGGGUGCGGAAAAUCAACAAUACUUCGGCUCCUUUUCCGAUUCUAUGACGUGCACGAGGGCCGUAUAUUGAUUGACGGCCAAGAUAUCCGCGGCCUGACUGUGUCAAGUCUGAGAAAGGCGAUUGGAGUUGUGCCACAAGACACUCCUUUGUUUAAUAACACAAUCGAACACAACAUUCGCUACGGGAAGAUUGAUGCUACUACUGAGGAGGUCAAGCGGGCCGCACAACGAGCCCACAUUCACGACCUCAUCGAGCGGUUACCCGCUGGAUACGAUACCCCCGUUGGAGAACGAGGGAUGAUGAUAUCAGGUGGUGAAAAACAGCGACUAGCAGUCUCCCGAUUGAUUUUGAAAGACCCGCCCUUACUCUUCUUCGAUGAAGCGACCUCUGCCCUCGAUACAUAUACGGAGCAAGCCCUGCUUCAAAACAUCAACAGCAUUCUAAAGGACAAGGCUCGAACAAGUGUGUUUGUAGCACAUCGGCUUCGCACGAUAUACGACAGCGACCAGAUUAAUGUUCUAAAAGACGGCCAUGUGGUAGAAAGCGGCACGCAUAUCGAACUUCUCGAUUUAGGCGGCGUGUACGCCGAACUAUGGACUACCCGCAUGCUAACAUGUCUCAAAAUAGCCCAAGAAACCGACAUUGCCACUGUAUAA